CGUUGGUCAUGGUUGUGAAUUUCUCAGUUAAUAUUCUAUAUAUAUAUGUUGUUUGUUAACAAUGUCCUUAAACAUAGCAUCAGCGUCUUCGAUGACUAAAAUGAAUUUUGUUUUUAACUAAACAGUAAUAUGUUCAAAUGAAAACGAGACUGAAACAAAAUAUAGUGAGGACGUGGCUUGGGGGGAAAUCCCCUUUGUGGAAAUUCCACUUGUGAAAUAACCAAGUUACUGUCUGUGUGUGUUCAGUCACAGUAGAUUUAAAAAUAAAAAUAGAUUUAUAAAAUACUAGGUUCUUUUCAGUAGUCGCAGAAAAGUAUUAGGAUCAAGGCAAUCGAUGUAUGGUGUGGACUAAAGAUUUAGAAGAAUAUCUGUGCACUUCCGUCUCCAUAGACAGCGUAUCAUACUAACUGAUGCUCUCUGAAUAUCUAUUCAAUUGACUGGUGCCCCUGGACUCUGUAGUAUCUGUGGAAAUUGUGUUUUAAAUAUCUGCAGUAAACAGGACCUGCCUAAUUAAUAUCGCGGAUAGGUUGAAUAAACAGUAUCCGCGCAACUGAUGCACCAGAUACGUUGGACACGCAGACAAUACGUUAGUAACUGAUGUCCUGAAUACAUUGGACAUCAUUCGUCUAACUGGUGUCCUAAAUUCAUGGAAUAGACAGUGUCCGCCUAACUGGUGUCCUGAAUACAAUAAUUGGAUAUCAUUCGUCUAACAGGUGUUCUACAUUUGUUGAAUAAACAGUAUCCGCCUAACUGGUGUCCUGAAUACGAUUAUAUAUCAUGUGCCUAACUGGAGACCUAAUUUUUGUGAAUACAUUAUCCGCCUAACUGUUGGAUAGACAAACAGUACCGGCUAAAUGACGUUGCUAAAUACGUUGAAUAUACAUAUAAAAUAUUAUGUCGUGUCUUCUGGAUUUAUGAAGUAAGCACACGUCUCUAACUAGUUUUCCCUAAACAUAUAGAAGAGGCAGUGGAUCCACUGAAUAUGUUAAAUAGAUGGACAGCUUCUAAAUGGUAUUAUCUGAAUGUGUUGAAUAGACAGACAGCGUCUUAGUAGUAUCCACUGAAUAUGGCGAAUAGAUAGACAGCGUCUUAGUGGUAUCCACAGAAUAUGUCAAAUAGACAGCGUUGUAGUGGUAUCCACUGAAUAUGUUGAAUAGAUAGACAGCGUCUUAUUGGUAUCCACAGACUAUGUCAAAUAGACAGACAGCGUCUUAUUGGUAUCCACAAAAUAUGUCAAAUACCGGUAGACAGCGUUUUAGUGGUAUCCACUGAAUAUGUUGAAUAGAUAGACAGCGUCUUAUUGGUAUCCACUGAAUAUGUUGAAUAGAUAGACAGCGUCUUAGUGGUAUCCACUGAAUAUGUUUAAUAGAUAGACAGCGUUUUAGUGGUAUUCACUGAAUAUGUUGAAUAGAUAGACAGCGUUUUAGUGGUAUCCACUGAAUAUGUUGAAUAGACAGACAGCGUCUUAGUGGUAUCCACUAAAUAUGUUGAAUAGACAGACAGCGUCUUAUUGGUAUUCACAGAAUAUGUCAAAUAGACAGACAGCGUCUUAGUUGUAUCCACCGAAUACGUCAAAUAGACAGCGUUUUAGUUGUAUCCACUGAAUAUGUCAAAUAGACAGACAGCAUCUUAGUGGUAUCCACAGAAUAUGUUGAAUAGACAGACAUCGUCUUAGUGGUAUCCACUGAAUAUGUCAAAUAGACAGACAGCGUCUUAGUGGUAUCCACAGAAUAUGUCAAAUAGACAGACCGCGUCUUAGUGGUAUCCACUGAAUAUGUCAAAUAGACAGACAGCGUCUUAGUGGUAUCCACAGAAUAUGUUGAAUAGACAGCGUCUUAGUGGUAUCCACAGAAUAUGUUGAAUAGACAGCGUCUUAGUGGUAUCCACAGAAUAUGUUGAAUAGAUAGACAGCGUCUUAUUGGUAUCCACAGAAUAUGUCGAAUAGACAGACAGCGUCUUAUUGGUAUCCACUGAAUAUAUAAAAUACACAAUCUAGGCAGUGGUUUAUCACUCCCCUCAAUUAUUCAAAGUCAUUGUUUGAUACAGGAUAUAGGGACAUUGAAUUUUCCGUUGACCAGCGCAAACUUAAAAUGGAUUCGAGACAAGACCUGGGGAGCAGUUUUGACUUUUAUCCAGAUGAUUCGGAUUUCUAUUCAAGUGAGUCAGACACCAACGAGGAUCCUGACAACGACCACCAGGAAUGGAAAGAUAAACCAAUCGUAUUAAAUGGAAGUCAACAUGUAGGUCAAUCAGAUAGAUCUGUUACACAUGAAGGUCGUAAAGACAGAAAACCACCAAAUCACGAUUCUUUGAUGGAUUCGGAUGUAUCAAGUGACUCAGAUGAGUGGUAUUCUUGCUUGUUCUAGUGGGGCAGAGAUGGACACCGGAGAGGAUAAAGAGAAACACACUCCAUCAAAGAAGAGAAGAAUUGCCACAUUUGCACCUGAAGUCACCAAAGGCACAGAUGAAAGUUUUGGGAACAGUUUACUGAAAAAUGUAAAACUAUCAACUAGCAGUAUGAUGUGCGACUUCAGCCCAAGUACAUUCGUCGUAACUGCUGCCACAAGAGAAGCAAUGAGAAUAAUAGAACGCCAUGGUGUGGUGACCGUGACCGGGCAGAGUGGAUCUGGAAAGACACAAAUUGCACAUUACCUCCUGACUGAACUUUCCAAGACUGGCUAUGUGCCGCUGAUCCUAAAUGAUGCAUCUCAGUGGGACCUCAUUCCACACAAUAAGAGAUAUGUCAUUCUAAUCGACGACAUCCUGGGAAAGACGAACCUCUCAUCUGUUCUUAAAGAUUUAUGGAGUCAGAAGUUUCCUGCAAUGCAUAGCCGGGUUUCAACUGGAAAUCUCCGCCUUGUAAUGACAUUUCGGUCGAAUAUAUAUGCAAACUGUUCUGAUGCACUUGAAGUUGAAUUUGAAUUAUUUGGGAGAGGGAAACAUAUUUCUUUCUCUGAUGACAAGCACAAGCUGUCUGCAGAUGAAAAGGAACAUAUUAUGUUUUCUAUUCUUAGGAGUUCACUUGGCUGCACGGUAAAAUUAUCUAAAUCAGAUAUCAAGAGAGUAGCAGCUCAGUGUGAAAUUGGGAUUGGUUUCCCUCAGUGCUGUGCAUUUUUUGCAUCCAGUGAAGCAGCACAAAAACGAAAGAUGAAAUACUUCGAAAAGCCUUUGGAAUUCUUGAAUUCUCAAUUAAAGGUCAUGCAGUGUACAGACCCAUUGGCUUAUCUCGCGUUGUUACUUCUUAUGUUCAAGAACGGAGCCGUUAAAACAAGCCUAUUGAAUCCAAACGAGAAACAUGCUGAAGUGGCCGACAUUAUUCGAAACUGCUCAGAAACGCUUGAUAUCCACGAACGUGUUACUAUAGGAAACAUGCACGACAAACUGGACAUGAUGAAUGGUGUGUAUGUAACAUACAGAAAAGACACAGCAUCCUUUCACUUCUCGCACCAGUCAAUCGCAGACGUUGUAUUUAUUAGGUUUUGUGAACGGUACAUAAAAACCGGAUUGCAGCUUUGUACUUUAGAACAACUUAACGAAUAUGUUAGAAGUAAGGUUGAUUCUACCAACGAGUCCUUGUUUGUACAUGUGGAACAUGCUAGCUUUGAAUUCCUGGCAAAACGACUAACAGAGGAAAUGCUAAACGGAAACAUGAAUUCUAUUCUUUGUCAUCCUUCAUUUAAGGAUGCCAUUUUUGUUAAGUAUUUGCUCCAUGAAAGUUGGCAUAAAAAGACCGUUUUACAAAUACUUUGUUUUGACAAUGGCUGCAGAGUUAUUACAGCAAAACUUAUAUUUAGCAAAAUUAUGCAAUACUACAUCGCCAGGAAAGUCCAAAAGGGGCAAUAUUCAUUUUCCCUAGAACCCAUUGACCUGCAUUUUGUGUAUGCUAAUUUUAUCUGUCAUUUGAUAAUGAAGGGUUUGGAUUGUUUGGCAAUGGGAUUAAUUGGUAAAGCAAAACAAUUAAAAAAAAAAUCCAAGUACAUUAAGCUGAUGUGCAAAGCUUUGGAAUGCAGUGUAUUUUUGGGAAACGAAAACUUAAUAGCGUUCUGUGUAGAUAAUGAUGAUUCCUUUGUUACAGAAAAGUGUCUGGAACUUUCUUGUUAUUCAUUGCUCGAAAACGUAAAAAUAACGGAAUUUGUCCACAAUUGUAUAGAUUCGAAACUGCUAAAACUAGACAUGCUUGAUACACUAUUGCGUGUUUGUUUACAAAAGGGAAAACUGGAAACUGCUUCGUUUCUGAUAUCAGCUACAGCCAAAUUCCAUGGACGGUUGAGAGUACUGCACUGGGCCGUUACUCAGAUUUUACUCCAACACCAUCACCCAUUUCUGCAAUUCGCAGAAGAGCAGCUUAAAUUCGAUAUCAUUUCAUCUGAUAAAGCUAUGUUUCUGCCUAUUCUCUCUCGUCUUCUUCAGGAGAUAUCACACUGCUUUGAAGAGGAUAAUGAAAAACCUUUCUGGGGGCCAGAAAUUAUAGCUUUAUUGUUAACAAGCGGUUAUUCUUCUGCCUGGGACAGAAUGUUUAAGUUAUGGUUUUCUGAUUCACUCUACAUUGGAAUGAUUUUGGUUUCUGACAUUUACAAGGUCACAGAUGGCAUAAGACAAUCGAAAACGUGUGUACGUCAGUACUUAAAAGAUAUCAAACACUCUAACCUGGUUAAUAAAAAUGUGUUCUGCUUGAGUGUUGAAACACUCCUACAGUAUGUACUGGAGACAAACCCUGCAAUUAAAACUCUUUAUGAGCUUCCACUUCCAUUAACUGUUGUUGCCAACAUGUCCACAAAAGAAUAUCUUUUAGAGAAGAGGGUAUAUGAAUCCCUUUUAGAAUUAUGUGGAACAGAAUUAGCAGACUGUUCGAUGCAGUUCGUUUACAUCGAGCAUAUUCGUAAUUCCAGAGAAAUUACAAUAUCGAAAAAACAACUUUUAAUUGGUUGUAUGUUUCUUGUGUGUUUUGGAUUUGUGAAGUUCAAGACAUACUAUCUGGAAUAUUAAACUAUGAAAGUAGC